GUGGCUUCGGCGAGCUUGCUCCGAAGAGGGCUUGAGGGGAAUUCCGGGUUCAGGAGCGUGAGUCAUGGCUGCUCCCCGAGAAGCUGAGAUCCACAAGGACGUUCAGAACUACUACGGGAAUGUACUGAAGACAUCUGCAGACCUUCAGACUAAUACUUGUGUCACUCCAGCCAAGCUGAUCCCCAGGCACAUCCGGGAAACUCUGCAGAACAUACAUGAAGAUGUUACUUCAAGGUAUUAUGGCUGUGGUCUGGUUGUUCCUGAGCAUCUGGAGAACUGCUGCAUCUUGGAUCUGGGUAGUGGAAGCGGCAGGGAUUGCUAUGUGCUUAGCCAACUGGUUGGUGAAAAGGGACACGUCACCGGAAUAGACAUGACUAAGGUCCAGGUAGAAGUGGCUAAAGCCUAUCUUGAGUACCACAUGGAAAAAUUCGGUUUCCAGGCACCCAAUGUGACUUUUCUUCAUGGCUGCAUUGAGAAGCUGGCAGAUGCUGGGAUCCAGAAUGAGAGCUAUGAUAUCGUCAUAUCCAAUUGUGUUAUCAACCUUGUUCCUGAUAAACAGCAAGUUCUUCGGGAGGUGUAUAGAGUGCUGAAGCAUGGUGGGGAACUCUAUUUCAGUGACGUCUAUGCUAGCCUUGAGGUGCCAGAAGACAUCAAGUCACACAAAAUUUUAUGGGGUGAAUGCCUGGGUGGUGCUUUGUACUGGAAAGAUCUUGCCAUCAUCGCCCAAAAAAUUGGAUUCUGCUCUCCUCGUUUGGUCACUGCCAAUAUCAUUACAGUUCAAAACACGGAACUAGAAAGUGUCAUAGGUGACUGUCGCUUUGUGUCUGCCACAUUUCGCCUCUUCAAACUCCCUAAGACAGAACCAGCCAAAAGAUGCCAAGUUGUUUACAAUGGAGGAAUCGCAGGGCAUGAAAAAGAGCUAAUCUUUGAUGCGAAUUUUACAUUCAAGGAAGGUGAAGCUGUUGAAGUGGAUGAAGAGACAGCAGCUAUCUUGAAGAACUCACGUUUUGCUCAGGAUUUUGUGUUCACACCCACUGGAGCCGCACUGCCAGCUCCUCAGGGAGGUUCUGAAUUAGAAACAAAGGUUAUAAUCAGAGAUCCAUUCAAGCUUGCAGAAGAAUCCGACAAGAUGCAGCCCCGAUGUGUGUCUCAGGGCGCUGGAGGCUGCUGUGGCAAAAAUAAAAGCUGCUAGAUCUCCAGCCUGCACGGAGCCUACUGGGCUCGAGAGGGUGGCUAAAGGGUCACAUCGACUUCUGAACCCGCUCUUCCCCGGUGCACAGAGUAUGGGAAGACGGCAAAGGCACCACAUGAUUACUGUCAGGAAUGAGUGAUUUUUAGAGGGUGUUAAUUUAAAAAAGUGAGAUUCACCUGUUUUUUCUUACAUCACUAUUUCAGAGUUUUGGUGCCACCUGGUGGUGAGUAAUAGAACUAGGCACCUUAAGGUUUACUCAAAGGCAUCAACAUUGGAGGAUGGUGAGAGGACAUCUUUCUGGCUUAUCCCAGGACACCUCUGGACAUUUCUCUGUCUUUACUCAGGAAGCUGGGUACCUACUAAAUUUAUGCUAACUAUGCCAAAGUUAGCAUAACUUAGAUUGUCAAGUCAAAUUUGGUAGGCGUACUGUCUUCAAACCUUUUUUUCCCUUUCUGUAAUUGAAUGAAGAAAUGAAAAAUAAAUUUGACUUCAGUUCACCCUGA